GAGGUAAUAAAGAGAAAAUGCCUUCACUUUCAUCAAAAAAGAUGAGGGAUGGAAAAAAGGCGCAACAGAAAGAUCAUGGGGAAAAGAAGGUUUAUCAAGCAGAUGACAGUGAUGAGGAGGUUUAUGACAAUGAAUUUGAAGAUUCUACAGGAAAUCCCCUUGAAUUUACUAAAGGAUUGGUCUCAGUUAAAAAAUGUAAUGAAGGCUCAAUUCUAAAACUGAAAUGCACAGUGAACAAACAAGACAUGAAAGCCAUGUGGUACAAAGAUGAAAAGCGGCUGGAACAGAAUGAGAGAAUCACACAGAUAUCAAAAGAUUUAACACAUAUCCUUGAGAUACAAAAUGUUUCCCAAUCAGAUGCUGGAGAGUACAGAGUUAAAAUUGAAAAUCUGGAGUUAACAUCAAAGGUCACAGUUAAAGAUGUUCCACUAGCUUUUCAACAAGAAUUAGUUAUGGAGGACAGUCUAAAGGAAGGCUUAAAUCUAAAUCUAAGAUGUUCUAUGAACAAACUACACACAGUACCCACAUGGUACAAAGAUGGGAAGCCACUGGAACAGAAUAAAAGAAUCACACAGACAUCAGAAGGUCUCAGCCAUAUCCUUGAGAUACAAAAUGUUUACCUACAAGACUCCGGAGUGUACACAGUUAAAAUUGAAAGUCUGAGUUCAACAUCAAAGGUCACAAUUUUAGAGAAGCCUUUAGCAGUGACAUUAUCUUUACAAAAGACAAAGAAAGUAGAGGAAGGCAAAGAUGUACAGAUGAAAUGUAUAGUUUCAAAACCAAAUCAGAAAGCAAAGUGGACAUUUAAUGGCAAAGUGAUAAAAAAUAUGGAGACAAGAAUUCUUGUAGAAUCAUCAGAAAUGGUCCAUCAGCUUACUAUCAAAAAUGUUACUAUGGAUGAUGCUGGAGAAUAUUGUCUUGAAAUUGAGGAUCUUCAAGAAAAGACAUUUCUUGAAGUCUGUGAUGACACAGAGAAUGAAGAUAUUGGAGGAGCUAGAGGAAACAGUUCACCAAUUUUCAACUCUUCUAGUAGACCUGAUGAAAUUGGUGAAUAUGUCCGAUUAAAAGACACAAGCCAUGUAAAUGAAAAUGCAACUCAUGACUAUGUUAAUAUAGCAGGUCAGGAUGAUACUGUGGGGUCGAAUGAACAGAUGGCAAAACAAAACAGUUUAACUACUUCUAAGUCAAAGACUAAAUUUGGACACUCACUUACUCUAAAAGAAACACAGAGAUCAUCUAAGACAGUAUCUUGUGGCAAUGAGGAUGGAAAAUUUAAUGAUGAUUCCCACUCAUUAACACUAAACCCUUCAACUGGUGUUUGUCAACUGAAAAAGAACAGAUCAGCAGCUGUACCUGCAAGUAAAAACCUGCUGAUACCUGAAAAGGGGCAUGGCCUGCAUACAGCUUCAGUACAAACUGUACAACAAAGUUCUUCAAAGAUUGUAAAAGGAAAGCCAAUGGUAAAUCUGUGUGGUAAAGAUCAAGGAGAUUCAAGUCAAAGCGAUGAUGAAAGCAAUCCUCACUCAAGCAAUGAAGACCCUGAUGUUGAUGAACUUACAGCAUCAUUUAAAUCUCGGCUUAAACUAAAUGAUUCUGAUGCAGAUUCUGCUGGGAGCUUACCACAAACAGAUGACCAACAAAUUGCAGGCCAACAUGGAGCAUCUGGACAAGCAGAUUCUGAACAGUUACAUGUGAGAGUUAAAUUCAGUGGAGAUACUCUAAGACCAGUACCAUUAUCUUUUGAGAAGCAUAUGAAAUAUCACUAUCUAUUGAAUCAUGAAAAAUGCUUUACAAAUGUAGCUAAUGAUUUAAAGAAAGAAAAACAGAUAGACAUAUCAGUUAAAAGUGGAAUCCUUCAUAUUUACCAAGGACAAAAAUAUGAGAGAAGGUAUUGUAUAGAAACAGUUAUGGAUUUCAUCUUCAGACAUACUGAAAAUAUUGUUGUCAAUGGAUGGCCAUCUCUUGGAGUUGACAUUGAAAAGGCUGAAAAAGAAUUAUUAAGUUCUAAAUUGGGUAAAUUAAAGGAGAUUUAUGUUCGCCGCUACAAAGGUAAAAUGCAUGUGGCAUAUGGUUCCUCUUUGUCAAUGAAAGUUGAUCAGGAUGUUUCAAAAGCAUUUAAAAAGUUUUUGUUUGCUAACAAAGGCAAUAUUUCUAAAACAUGUGAUUUACCUUACAUACUUCACAGAAUUCUGAAAAACACUGAUUGGAAAAAGCAAUUUGAAGAUAAAUACCCAAAUGUACAAGUUGAAUGGGAGCCUGAUGAUGAUGAAGAUGUAGUAAAGGUAGUUUUCUCUGGAAAUAAAGAGAAAGUAUUGGAAGCAAUGAAAUGGUUUGAGAAAAAUAUUGUGGGAGAAUAUUGCUGUUGCAGUGAAGAAAUGAAAAAAAUCCCAGAACUAGAUUUGUUUUCACAACCAGAAGAUGUUGUUCUUGAAAUGUUUCGUGGAGAGAUUGGUGAAAAAAGGCGAAAAUACUGUUUGCGUAAAACACUGCUUCAUGAUACAGGGAUAAAUCAGUUAAUCCCAGAUUGGAAUAAAUCAAAGUAUGCAGUUGUACAAGUUGAUGAAGACAAAAUCAUUGUGAAAGGUUUAGAGAAAUAUGUUCAAGAACUUAAGGGAACAAUAGAAGCUAUGAUAAAGAGUAAAAACAAACAAAACAUGUCUGAGACUGAUUGUUUUCUUGAAUGUGAUCGUAGGUUUUUGAAUCUGAUUGAAGAGAAGGGAGUCUUGAAAGAUUUGUCAGACAAAAAACAGAUACAAUACAGACUGGUGGAAAAAGGAAUUUUUUAUAGAGGAGAGGUAUCAAAUUUCUCAAAGUUUGAUGAUGAGUUAAAGAAGAUGAAAAAGGAGUACACUACACAUUAUGUUGAUAUUCAUGUAAGCAAGGAAAUGGAUAGAACAAAGGUAUCUGAAAUACUACAUAAAACCAAAGAGAAUUAUGAUGGGCAUAUAAAAAUUGAUGAAAAUAAAGAUACAACUCCAGGCAACUACCAGACAGCUACAGUUUUAGGACCCAUACUGAAAGAUGACCUACAAGAUUGUCUAUAUACUAGGUGGUGUUUAAAAACAUGCACUGUAACACUAGCAGAGAAAUUGUCAGACCUGUCCAGUGCAGAUUUGGUUUUUGUACCUGUGGAUGAAAAUUCAAAAUCUGAUUUUUCACAAAGUGUGAAGAAAAUUGCUGUACCAAUUCCAAAAUAUAAGAAGAUGGAAGGAAAGACUCUAAUUGAUCAAAUGGAAAAAUAUUUUGACUCAAAACUUUCUGAUGAAGCCUGCAUAUCAGUUUGUAUAAAAUCAUCCCCAAUAAAUGAAUGGUCAAGGUGCAAGUAUGUCAAGCCCAUACUGUACUCUCUAAAGCAGUGGGCAGAAAAAUCGAAGGGUCCAAGGAAAGACAUAGUCCUUUGUUGCUGGGACAAAGAUGCUUUUGAUUGCUGCUUUAAAUAUUGUCAUGAUGCAUUUAAAACAAAGUGUGAGACAGUGAAGCCAAUAAACAAGGAUCUAUACAGGGAUGAUUUUGCUGUUAAAGUCAGAAAAGGAGGAAUUGUUGACUUUGCAGUUGAUGUGAUUGUUAACACUACACGUGAUGACCUUAAACUAAACUCAGGUGCAGUGUCAAGUACAAUAUUAAAAAGUGCAGGGCCAGAGUUACAAAACGUUGUUAACAAGAAAAGACCUAAUGGUAUAAACUAUGGAGAAAUCUUAGAAACAGAAGCUUUUAAGCUGGAAAAUGCUGAAGUCAUCCUACAUGGAGCUUUAGAAGAAUAUAAUAAUGAUGCAAAAAAGUUACAGAAACUUGAAGAGUUUGUCCACAGUUGUUUAGUACACGCAGAUUCAAGACAGUACUCAUCAAUUGCUUUACCAGCCAUUGGCACAGGGAAACUUGGAUAUAAUGAGAGCCAAGUUGCUGCUACAAUGUUCAAGGCAGCAAAGAAGUUUUUCAGAGACCAUCAUCCAUCUGCACUACGUUGUGUUAUGUUUAUUAUAUAUGGAAAAGACAUAGAAUGUUUAAAGGCAUUUGAAAAGGAAGAAAAACUUUGGAACCAAUAUCUGAUUUGGCAAUCAAGGGCUGUGGUAUAUGAGGGUGUGAGAGUACAACCAAACCAAGGUUCUAUUCUAGAUACAACGACAGAUGCAGUGAUAUACUUUUGGGAUGAUGGUGUAAUUCAUGGUAGUGUCACAACAAGGAGCAAUACUGUAUUGGCAGCUUGUGGAAGGGAUGUUUUUGAUACAGUUUCAAAGAAAAUGCGCUCAAAGGAAGCAAACUUGAUACUUCAAAAAGCUGAAAAUAUCAAGGUUGACAUAUUUUUCAUGAGAUGCCAGAAUUCACCUGAUGAAAUAUCUAAGGCUACAAGAGAGGGCUUACUAAAGGCAGACAAAUGCAAAAAUAUCACUUCAAUUUGCAUUGGUUUUGAUAAAUCACGUAUGUAUACGUAAUUACAAUGCUAGAAA